GUUUGUGUGACUCCAGAUGGAACAGGAUGCACACCUCCCAGAGAGCUCUACCUUUGUCUGGAGCCGUUCCAUCCUUUCUCACUGAUGAGUCUACCUGAGGAGGUUAUGACAUCACGGCGGAGGUUAGAGCCCCCAUGGAGGAAAUCAUCAGGAAUUCAACAGCCGGAGCCUCACAGUGAGCUCUAUCAGGAUAUUUACGACUUCAGGCCUGUUUGGAAACACCAGAGUGUCUAAAAAUAAUCGGGACGGGUGGAAAAAGGAAGUCAUGAUUGGUCUGUCUGAUGAUUCUUCUUCUUUGUGUCUGUGAGGAAACACAACAACAUGCUGUCGCUGCUUCUUCACUCCCUCACCGUCUGCUUCUUCACAGUGCCGAUCACUGUAGCAGGGGUUGCCAUGGAGACGGUGGUGGGUGUAGCUGGGAGGAGGGUGACGCUGCCAUGUCGUAUUGGGUCGGCGAGCCAGCCAGGUGUGGAAGUGUGCUGGGGGUUGGGUGCGCCAUCACUGUUUACCUGCCACAACACAGUGAUCAAUCGGGCUGGAGAUCAGACUACGUACAGGAAGUCCUCCAGGUACUCGUCCUCCUCCUUGUCCUCAUCUUUGUCCAUCCUGAACUCUCGACUGUCAGACUCUGGUUUCUAUCACUGCAGAGUUCAGCUGCCCGGUCUGUUCAAUGACCAGACGUCUUCCGUGUACCUAAUCAUCAUCAAACCUCACUCUACGGUUUCAGAGCCUUCAGCCAGAGAGGAUUCUGGGAACUUGAACACGCCUCUCACUACAGCAGCAGGUUUCUACAUAGCAGACCUGACACAGCAGACAGGAAGUGAUGUCACAGCAGAUUCCACCACAGGGCCAGUGGUGGCAUUGGUUCAGUCAUCGGACCAGCAGGAGAACGCUGUGAGCCGUCUGCAGAACUUCAUCAUGAACACGCUGAGAGCGUCCUUCAUCGUCUUCGUACCGGCGUUGAUGCUGACUGCCACUUACCGGUUCUGGAGAGCCAAUCAGAGGGCAGAGAAUGGCUGGAAGAUGAACCAAUCAGAGGAGGAGGAGGACAGUUCUGUGUAAAGAUGGAUGGAGCUGGUGUCACACCCGUUUUCCACGUUCCUAAAAGUUGCCAACUACAGUGUGCCUAUGGCAAAAAUAAAGGGUAGAAGCCCACAACAUCCCCAGCUUUACCAACAUUCCAUCCUCUGCCUUUGAUGAUGUCAUCUUUUAAAGUCUUUAAAAGGCUCUAGACAGAUGAUGUCAUCCUUUAAAGCUUGUGAACAUGUCAUCCCCUGCCUUUGAUAACAUCCUUAAAAGCUUAUAAAACAUUCCACCCUCUGCCUUUGAUUAUGUUAUUCUUAAAAGCUUAUAAAACAUUCUAUCCUCUGCCUUUGAUGAUGUUAUUCUUAAAAGCUUAUAAAACAUUCUAUCCUCUGCCUUUGAUGAUGUUAUUCUUAAAAGCCUUUUUUAUGCCAUUGAUGUAAUCUUCUUAAGGCAUUCCAUCCUUUCCGUUUGCACAAGGCCAGCCUAGGCCCUCAGUUGUCAUCCAAGUCUAACCAGUACCCCAUAGAUUUAUUGUCUAAAUAGU